CUUCUCCAACGCUGGUCUCCGGGGAAGUGCCCCAAGUAGUUAUUUAUCUUGGGAUUGCAUCACUCACCGUCCAAAUAAUCAACGGGGAGGAGAUAGAUAGAUAGAUAGAUAGAUAGAUUGAUGGAUCCCCCGUCCUGCUGCCACGUGGUCGCCGUCCCGUACCCGGGGCGUGGCCACAUCAACGCCAUGCUCAACCUCUCCCGCCUCCUCCUCACCUCCCCCUCCUCCUCCCGCAUCCUCGUCACCCUCGUCCUCACCGAGGAGUGGCGCGCCCUUCUCUUUUCCGACUCCGACUCCGCCCGACACUCUCAGCCUCAGCUCCCGGUGGGGCUUUGCAUCGCCACCAUCCCCAACGUCAUCCCCUCCGAGCGCGGCCGCGCCGCCGACUUCGACGGCUUCAUCGAGGCCGUCUACACGAAGAUGGACUCCCCCGUCGCCGACCUCCUCGACCGCCUCGACCCCCCCCCAGCCGCCGUCCUCGCCGACACCUACCUCCCUUGGGCCGUCCCGCUCGCCGCCCGCCGCCGCAUCCCCCUCUGCUCCCUCUUCCCCAUGGCUGCCACCUUCUUCGCCCUCCUCGCCCACCUCCGCCGCCUCCCCACCCCCACAACAACAACGACGACCACAAUAGAAAUUGAUGACCAAUCUUUGGAGCAAUACAUACCUGGUCUGACAUCAAUGAGAUUGAGUGAUGUCAGACACAUGUUUUCCUAUGGAACACUGGAACGUGCCUUCGAGGCGAUCUCGUCGUCGCGGAAAGCUCAAUGUCUCCUCUUCACCUCCUUCUAUGAGAUUGAAUCAAAGGUGAUUGAUCUACUAAGAGAAGAGCUCCAAUAUCCUAUCUUCGCAAUCGGUCCCUGCAUUCCUUACAUGUUGCUCGAUCGAGAAUCUAAAGAUAAUGCCGCAUCGCAAAACGGUUGUGCUACUGCAAACUACUUCACGUGGUUGGACUCUCAACCUGAAAGCGCCAUACUUUAUGUAUCACUCGGUAGCUUCCUCUCGGUGUCGACAUCUCAACUUGAUGAGCUUGCACUGGGCCUGGUUGCUAGCAAGAUCAAAUUCUUGUGGGUCGCGCGAGACGACUCUCCUCGGAUCCAAGAAACGGUUGGAGACGCAGGUCUAGUCGUGCCCUGGUGUGAGCAGUUGAAGGUUCUGAAUCAUCCUUCUGUUGGCGGCUUUUUGACUCAUUGUGGAUGGAACUCGACCCUCGAGGCAUUGUUUAUGGGGGUUCCGACGAUCACGCUUCCUAUAUCUUGGGAUCAACUGCCCGACAGCCGACUUAUGGUGAGUGAGUGGAAAGUAGGACUGAGUUUGACGGAGAAGACGGGGGAGGACGGUGUCAUUCCGAGAGAAGAGAUCGCGACGGUGGUGAGGAGGUUGAUGGAUUUGGAUGGAAACGAAGGGAACGAACUGAGGAACAAUGCUCUCAGGCUAAAGGAGGCUUCUCGGAGAGCGAUUGAAGAGGGCGGUUCUUCGUUUAAUAGCCUCGAGUCUUUCGUCGAAGGGCUUCUACACAAGCAUGAUUGGACGAAAGUGCCGGUCAGCGACGGUCUAAUGGAAGAAGAACACACAGGCAAUGGAUGCUGAAGCCCAGGAACUGAUUCUGCUAAUAAGAUGAUAGGUGGAUUGUGUUGCUCAAGUUGCCAACUUAUGCAGCAGUGCCUUUUACUUUUGUUCUUCUUCACUCUACUGUUUCAAUCGGCGUAACAUUGUUGUUCUGUUAUAUUGAAAUUACGCCGAAACACUUCAAUUUAAUAAACUUGAGAUGCUCUAUUUUGUAAGAACCUAACAUUUUGUAUGUUGGUUGGUUGCAAAAGAGUUGGAUACUUUUACAAUA